AAAUUCUAAGGAAACCGGCGUUUGUACCUGGUGUCAUGCUGUAUUACUCUGGCGCACUACGUUGACAUAGAGAAAUCAGUUGAAGUAAAGAUUCUUCUAAGAAGAAACGAUGGUUGUGUUACCUAAUGACAUCGACAAAUUGGCGGGAAUUUACCUUUCUUCUCGAAGAAAGAAGCUGUUAAUUCUACUCAUCAUUGGAGGAUAGAAAAGAAAAGAAAACCAGGAUGACAAAGAACAGGAGAAGAAGCAAAGCUCCUACACAAAGUAAUCCAUCACCAACUGACACAAGUUCUGCUCCCCAUGAAUCGGGGCAUUCAGGAAAGAAGGUGGAGAACGUUCUCAACAUGUCUCCCAUUUCUUUGUGUCAGUCGGUCCUUAGACAGCAGUUGACAAGAGGACUGCCCACUCAAAGGUAUACCAGCAGUGAAAGUCAGCCCAUUAAAGGAUUUCAGCAAGAACAAAGACAACUUUUGGAUCUUCUGAAAAGAACAGCCACAUCAGGAGAAAGUAACUCUGUAUUGGUGAUAGGUCCCAGGGGGAGUGGGAAAACAACAGUGAUUAAGAGUGUCAUUUGGCGCGAACUAAUGCUAAAUGACCACGUGAGUGAAAACGGUAUAGAUUUAUUUGUUGUAGGAUUACUACAGACCGAUGACAGGAUUGCCUUAACAGAGAUCACCAGACAAUUAAAGCUAGAGAAUACAAUCGGGGAUAAAGUAUUUGGAUCAUUUUCAGAAACACUCCAGUUUUUAUUAGAGGCAUUGAAGAGUGGUGACCAGAGCAGUAAGCCGAUCCUGUUUAUCCUGGAUGAGUUUGAUCUGUUUGCCCAUCACAAGAACCAGACUUUACUGUAUAACUUGUUUGAUGUGGCUCAGUCGGCCCAGGCUCCCAUCUGUGUCGUAGGAGUGACCUGUCGCCUGGAUGUUAUUGAGCUCUUAGAGAAGAGAGUGAAGUCCAGAUUUUCACAUCGUCAGAUUCAUCUCUUUAACAGUCAGACAAUCCAAGAUUACAUUGAUAUAUUUAAAAAUCUAUUGCAACUGGAUGCACAGUUUCCUGAUCAGAAGUUUGCUAAUAAAUGGAAUCAACAUGUUGAGCAACUUUCCAAGGAUCCCACUGUGGUUGAUUUACUAAAACAGCAAUUUGAGUAUACAAAAGAUGUGAGAGCCCUACAACAACUUCUUAUGUAUCCAGUAUGUCAUUUGAGUGACACUUCUCCAACUUUAUCAGUCAGUGAUUUUGUGGAAUCCAGAAAACUGCUAACCACAGAUUCAAAGUCGGCUAUGUUGCACGGCGUGUCUAUACUGGAGCUGUGUCUGAUCAUUGCUAUGAAACAUCUGACUGAAAUAUAUGAAGGGGAACCAUUUAACUUUGAAAUGGUUUAUAGUGAGUAUUCAAAAUUUGCUCAGAGGAAAUCUUCAAUGCAGGUGUUUGAAAAAGCAGUUGUUUUAAAGGCCUUUGAGCACUUGAUCCACUUGGAGUUGGUGAAGACAGUGGAUGGGGCAGGAAGUCGUGUACAGAAGGAGUACAGACUGAUGCAGAUGUUAAUUCACGCAACACAGAUCAUGGAGGCACUGCAGAAGUACCCCCAGUGUCCCACCGACGUCAGGCAGUGGGCAGCCUCCUCUCUAGCAACAUGACAACCAGACCGAGGACUUGUACUGGAGCAAUGCAGGCACAGUUUCAUCCUUCAGUUAAUGGUGUUAAGUGCAAACGAGGGAUUCGACAAAAAUCUGUCUCUGAAUUAUGAACAUGUUGGUAAAAAGAGAAAGAUUGAGAAUGUUUGCAUGUGUAUUUAAAUUUCUGUGAGGUUGUUGAUUGGUGGAUUAGUUAUUUUAUGAUGGAUGCUGUUCUGACUAACAUAAUUUCUGUUGAUUUCUUGAUUAAAUAUUAAAGUUCA